AAUUUUUUUUUUUUAGUUACCUAUCCCAGUAACCCUUUUAAGAUUUCUUCAAUAACAAAAAUUGAAAAGCACAAUUGAAACCAAACAUACCGGCGAGGUUUGGUCAUCGCCGCCGCUCUCCUCCACCACCCGCCGCUGCAAUUUCGAGAGAGGGAGAACGAAAGAGAUGUUGACGUCGCCGGUGGUGAACACGUACCCUCUGUCGAGCUACACCUUCGGAACGAAGGAGCCCAAGAUGGAGAAGGACACUUCCGUUGCCGAUCGCCUCGCUCGCAUGAGAGUCAAGUAUUCUCUAUUUCCCUAAAUUUCUGCGUUUUAUCUAAAGCCUCCCUGUUUGUUUGCUCAGAAAAUUGACUACCGACAAAACAUAAUGCAAGAAAGGAAAGCAUGUAUUAUUCUAUUAUGACAAAUAGUUUUGUUUGAUUCAGUGGGGCAGAGGUGUUUAUUUUUCUCAGGAAAAUUAUCGUGUUUACGUUUUUUCCACUAUUUUCUUGCGUUUUCUGAGCGAUCAAGUGGAGGAGGUUGAAGAUCAAGUUUUCUUUCUUUUGGCGUUGCGUUUUCUUUGCAGGAUACCGUAAGACGCUAUCAGCAUGUUAUGUUAUAUGAAAGAGGGGAUGAGGACAACUGUCGAUGCAAUUUUACUGGUGCAGGAACAUACUCAUCCCCACAUCCUUCUUCUCCAAAUUGGAAACACAUUCUGUAAACUUCCUGGUGGACGCCUCAAGCCAGGAGAGAAUGAAAUUGAGGGUUUGAAAAGAAAGCUGUCUAGCAAACUUGCUGCUAAUUCACCUGGUCUUCAACCAGAUUGGCAGAUAGGUGAAUGUGUGGCUAUCUGGUGGAGGCCAAAUUUUGAAACUGUAAUGUACCCAUACUGCCCUCCCCACAUAACAAAACCAAAGGAGUGCAAGAAGCUUUUUAUUGUUCAUUUAUCUGAAAGAGAGUACUUUGCCGUGCCUAAAAAUUUGAAACUUCUUGCUGUUCCAUUGUUUGAACUCUAUGAUAAUGUUCAGAGAUAUGGACCAGUUAUAUCCACUAUUCCACUGCACCUGUCUAGGUUCCAGUUCAACAUGAUCGCUGCAUGACUUUUGCAUGGUUCAGAUGAGUAUUUUGAAUUUGCAAGUAUAGAAGUCACACCAUGCACAGCUUUGAAGUAAACUACCUUAUGCUCUAUUCAUCAACCUUGGUUAUCAAAUAAAAUGCAUGAGUCGGGUCUUUUUCCAAAGAUGGUCUGCUUUUCAUGUCCUUCUUGGAGUCCCCUUUUUUUCUUUUCUGGUAGGAUGAGGAUGGGUUGAAAUUUUGCUGACACAGUUCUGCGCAAAAUUUUCUCAACAGAGAUAAUGCUGCCAAUGUAAUUUGAUGAAUUGACUGGGGGUAAAAAAAAAUGAGAUAUACAGUGUGCACUGGGCAUUUUCCUUUUUAUUCCAGGGCAAGCUGUUUAACAUUUUGGGAGCAUACUAUGCAAGAUUCUAUUUAUUUUCUUCA